AUGACCCCUGAUAAGAUCAUCCUGCAAAACAUGGAAAAGAAGCCUAAUGAAAAUUUCAGGCAAUACGCACAGAGAUGGAGAGAGAUGGCAAUACAGGUUCAACCACCACUGUUGGAGAAAGAAACCACCAUAUUGUUCAUCAACACUUUGAAGGCUCCAUUCAUUACUCACAUAAUUGGAAGCACUACCAAAAGUUUUGCAGACAUAGUCAUGGCAGGAGAAAUGAUUGAGAAUGUCAUAAGGGGUGGAAAAAUUAAGGGGGAAGUAGCCAAAAGAUCGGCCCCAAAAAGAAAAGACAAUAAGGUGAACAACACAAGUAACUUUAAUUCGAAGGCAGUUACAGUUAGUCAGCCCAAAGUGGCUACGGCUGGGCAGCAAAGUACUCAAAGACAGAAAUCGGGAUCAAGACAGAAUUCAGAGAGGAUACAAUUCACGCCUAUCCCUGUGACGUAUCGAAUACCGGGGCAUUCAAUUGAAAAUUGCACUAGAUUUAAGAAGGCCGUGGAGAGGCUUAUCAAGAUGGGGGUCGUGAGAUUCGACAGUACUCCUAACACUGAAAAUCUGUUACCAGAUCAUGGCAAUCAAGGAGUGAAUGCCAUUGAUAAAACUAAGGAAGAAAUAAUUAAGGAAAGUGUUGCUGAGGUAAGAAUACCUUUGAAGGUAAUUUGGAAAGAGAUGGCGAAGAGAGGGCUGAUAACCUCUGAGAAAGAAAGAGAAGAAAUGAGGAACUACUGUGAGUUCCAUGGAAAAGAGGGUCAUGAGACCCAAAAUUGUGAAGAAUUCAAAGCCUUGGUGCAAGGCUUCAUUGAUAAUAAAGAGCUACAAGUUUUUGAAGAAAGCUCUUAUAGAAGGGAAAUAAAUGUAUUGGAAGAUGAACAACAAGGAACCAGCCGGCCGAGAAUUAUUAUUUCCUUGACGAGAAAUAAUGAAAUAGGGGCACAAAACAGGCCCAAGGUCGUAAUCCAUAAACCUGUAUCCUUUCCUUAUAAGGAUAACAAAAGGGUACCAUGGAGUUAUAACUGCCAUGUGUCAUUACCGGAGAAAGAAGAUGUAGCCAGUGCGUCCAAGGAUGUACAAAUUGAGGGUUCUCAUACGCGGAGUGGGAAGCGGUAUGAUGUUGUAGGCAUCAGAGAGGAGUCCACAAAAACAAGGAAUGCUAGUGUGGAGAAAGAAAAAGAAGUUGAAAUGCCCGUCAAGGAGCCGGUAAAAGAGGAGGAAGCUAAGGAAUUUCUGAAGUUCCUUAAGCAUAGCGAGUAUAGUGUGGUCGAAAAGCGGUUGUGUAGCGACACUUUCGCAGAUAUCAAGAUUGGCUCUACUUCUAAGUUCUGA